AUGUACAAGAACCAGCUCCAGGAGCUGGCGCAGAGGAGCUGCUUCAGCCUGCCGUCGUACGUGUGCACGCGCGAGGGCCCCGACCACGCGCCGCGCUUCCGGGCCGCCGUCACCUUCAACGGCGAGACCUUCGAGGGCCCCAGCGGCUGCACCACGCUCCGCCAGGCCGAGCACGCCGCCGCCGAGGUCGCGCUCGCCCGCCUCUCCCUCCGCGGCCCGUCCACCUCCCUCGCCGCCCGGGUCCUCGAUGAGACGGGGGUGUACAAGAACCUGCUGCAGGAGACGGCCCACCGGGCGGGGCUGAAGCUGCCGGCGUACACCACGGUGCGCUCCGGCCCGGGCCACUCGCCGGUGUUCUCCUCCACCGUCGAGCUCGCUGGCAUGAGCUUCGCGGGCGACCCCGCCAGGACCAAGAAGCAGGCGGAGAAGAACGCCGCCAUGGCCGCCUGGUCCUCGCUCAAACAGAUGCCGGAGGCUCGCAAGGAGCCCGGCGCUGGCGACGAGCAGGAGCACGUGGUUGUCGCCAGAGUGCUCGGCGCGCUGAAGCCGCGAGACGACGUGGACGGCAAGGCGGCGGCGCCUCUGCAGAAGCACAGCGGCAUCGGCUCUUCUUCCUCUGCUCUUCCGAACCCGUCGCUGUACAGACACCAAUGGCGGCCUCGGAACACCCCUGCUGCUCAGCCGCAGCCGCCGAGGACGGGGCCCCUGCAGGUGCAGCCGCCGGCCGGCCCAAGGAUCCUGCCUCCCCUCCACCUGCUGCAGCAACCGGCGUGCGGCUCCAGGGACGCCGCCGCGGCGGCAGAGCUGGUGCGGAUGCUGGAGCGGGCCAUGGUGCGGGACAGGGUCGCGGUCGCCGCGGAGGCAAUGCCGCCGCCUCCGCCGUGCUACUACGCGCCUGCUGCCGCUGCCUCGGCGUACCACCACCACGGCGGCGCGGCGGCGCCGAGAACCUUCGCCGCGGGCGGGUUCCACGCCCCGGCAGUGAGCGUGCGGUCGGUGAUCCCGGUGUGCGCCGCCCCGCCGCGGCGGCCUCCGCCGGCCAAGGAGGAAAGGAAUGGCCCGGCGACGCCCUCAUCAGAUGCAUGCAAGAGGGCGUGA